AUAGCGGCACGUCGGCAUGAGGACUUGAGAACAUAGAUUUACUAGAUUUAAAAGACGUUCUAAACCCUGCGGCAAGUCAUCCACUGUGACGCCCAAGUCACAAUCAUAUCCUAUGCUGCUGUCGAUAGAAUGAGGUUUCCGUGUAUAUGCCGUCUUUGUGGUGCAGAAGUCGACGAGAUAAAUUGGCAGCAAGUAGCAGUGUUCUGCCGGUCAGUGACCGCAGUAUUCCGAGUCGUUCAGUGACUAUGGGCCUUGUAUUCCUUAUAUAAUAGAAAACGAAUAAGGCCACGUGCGGCAGUGAUGUAUCGAUGAGCACGCGCUCAACUAUCUCAGUGAUUUGAUCCAAGCAUCAACUUCCAUCGAGCUCUAGCUCGAACAGCCAGCACGAGGAUGGCGCCCAACGAUUUUGACUUGCGUAUGCAGUCCCCUCGCCCGGAAACGCCCGAGCCAUCAUCGAAGCAGGGCAGGCGAAACGCCCAGUUCAAUGAUGCCCAGUUACUUGACGCCGACGGUGCAAUUUCUGACAAGCUCGAACGCUGUCUUCGUCAUAUUUUCGCCAAAUAUUGCACGCCGCGCCCGCCGCGUCCCCAAAAACACGACUCUACGACUCUCCUCACGCCCCCUGAUGAUGCGAUUCUUGACGCCGCAGGGCUAGACGCGUGGGCAGAAGACACGAAUGGCGCACCGUUUAGUGAAGAGACUAAAGAGGAGCUCAGAGAAUUCUUGGACGUCACUGAAGAAGGCGAGCUGACGUUUAAAGGCUUCGCGCAGAUAUAUCAGCUGCAGACAGAGAAUGACGAGGAAGAAACAUGGAAAGAUUUGUCAAACCACGGAUUUGAUCGCACCCUCACCCUUGUUUCAACGCGUCGGGAGGAAGAGGCUGAGAGCAGUCAUAUGCCUCUUUUCAUGCCAUGACGAGACCACAAAAACGUGUACAACCCUUGAUACAUUUUGAACAUACUAACCACAGACUAGCCAUGACCUUACGAUGCCCAUGACUUCAUUACUUAUCUACCUCCGUAUUCACGACUUCGUCCGAUCUUUUGAACAUUCCAUAUUUUAACCCACCUGCUGGAUGAUGUUCACAUACUAGACUUAAUCACAUCUAACAUCUGCUGGUCUUCAU